UGGAGACCGAAAUCUAGGAUUUCCUGUUAUCACUCCAUCUUUGUUUGACGAGCUGACAAAGAAACUCUUGGCUGUGGGCAAAAGCUCCAGAUCAGUUGGUUACUAGUUGUCGGCGAGUGUUCAAGUGUAGCAUUUUCUCUCCCUUCUCCUUUCAAGCCAAGUUGCGACACAAGAUACUCUUCUGAAACAUGAAAACAGCCUUUGUUUUGGGCCUUUUGAGCCUAGCUCUGGGCACUCUGGUGUCCGGAGGGCUUUUGGGCUCAAAGAAAUGCACCUGGGGACCGUCUUAUUGGUGCCAAGGGUUUUCCCAAUCCCGUGAGUGCUCUGCUACUACACAUUGCAUUAGGAACGUUUGGUCCCAACAAGACUUGCCCGAUGAUAACGACGACGUCUGCACCAUUUGCCAGAACAUGGUCAAAGAGGCUCGAGACACCCUCGAAUCCGACGAAGUUCAGUUGGAGCUGAAGCAAGUCUUUGAAGGCUCGUGCGCUCUCAUCCCCUUGAGAGUGAUUGCGGAUGAGUGCAAGAAAUUAUCAGACCAGUUCAUUCCGGAAUUGAUUGAGACUCUCGCUUCGGAGAUGAACCCUCAAAUGGUGUGUGCCACAGCUGGACUCUGCAAUUCUGAGCGCAUUGAUCGCCUUCUAUCCGAAAUGAGCAAGGGACAGAUGCCCAAGACGGAGUGCGGCAUGUGCCAGGUGGAAUCCAAAGCUAUUGGCGACCAGAUCAGAAACGUGGACCAGGACGUGAUUGCGGAUAAACUGUUCGAAAUUUGCGGACAGUUCUCGUCUUACAGCGAUGCCUGUCGGAUGACCGUGCUGGAGAAUUUUGAAUUGAUCCACAAUGCUUUGAUCCACGUGGAUCAAGGAGUAUGUCAUCUGAGUGGCAUGUGUAGCGAAACCUUCAAGAAUGUACCUGCCCGUUAUACCUCAACCAAUCCCAAAGAUAUCCAAUGCGAGUUUUGCGAAAAGGUCAUUCAACAUUGGGUGGAUACCUGGACUGCCAACACCACCCAAGACGAGUUCAAGGAGGUGCUCGAGACCAUUUGCCACAAAUUGGGCCGAUCCGACCGCAUCCAACAUUGCCUCCACAUUGUCGAUGAUUACUACUUACCCUGGUUCAACUUUCUCUUGAAUGAAGUGAACCCACGUAUGAUUUGCUCCAUGGCUGGAUUAUGCGGACAAGGGGAGUUCCUGCAAGUGGAUCCCCACACUUCCAUCACUCUUUUGCUUCCCGUUCAACCCGACACGCCCAUGAUCAAACUCGCCCCGGCCCUUUCUCAGAAAAAUGAAAUGAUGACUGGUAUGGAAGAAUUUCGUAUGAACGGUCUGUACUUAGAGACCCACCGUCGAAAUGAUCUGGAAGGCCAUAACUUGGAAUCCAGCAUUGCCGAAGGCCGUUUGAUUGGAGGUUAUUUUGCCCCGCAAACAGUGAUUGCCGCUGACAAAUCCGGUUGCGUGAUUUGCGAGUACGCUCUCCAUGAGUUGCAGAAUUUCUUGGGUGACGUCAAAACUGAGGCCAAAGUAGAAGAGGCUCUGGAGAAGAUUUGCGACGUGAUGCCCUCCACUGUGGCAGAUCAAUGCGACCAUUUCGUCGAGACCUACGGACCCGCCAUUGUUCAAAUGGUGAUUCACGAUAUCGACCCCUCGGAAAUCUGCUCCAGACUCCAACUUUGUAGUGACAAUCUUUUGACACAACAAGCCAAUGUACCUAUGGGCAUUCAGCUCCUUAAGAAGAAUGACGACACCUGUGCUCUCUGUGAGUACGUGAUGAAUACCAUUGAUGGCAUGAUCGUGGACAAGAGUGACCAGAGGAUGAUCGUCAAUCUCUUGGACUCAAUCUGCUACAAGUUCAUGCCUCAUAGCAUCAGCAACGAAUGCGAGAAAUACGUCUCGGAGUACACGCCCAUCAUCUUGGAACUCUUGGCCGAAGAGUUUACUCCCGAGCAGAUUUGUAGCGAAUUGCAAAUGUGCUCAGGCAAGCCCUCCGUUGAAAAGACCCCAUUGAGCCUUUCCUUGACCAAGCAAGACGAAAAAUGCAUCUUCUGCGAAUUUGCCAUGACCAAAUUUGACCAAAUCCUCCGCGAUCCUUACAACGAUCACGAUAUCGCUUCAUCUUUGAACAAUCUUUGCGCUCAAAUGCCCGCCAAUCUUGAGCGUCAGUGCCAAAAGUGGGUCCACAAGAACUCCAAGACUAUCGUGUCGCUGAUCUCUGCGGACGUGGCACCUUGGAUGAUUUGCCCCGCUAUGGUUCAAUGUCCGGAUGGUCAAAUGAACGUUGAUGAUGGCAUCCAAGUGACACGACAUGAAUUGGAAGACGAGCGACCCUAUUGUACUCUUUGUGAAUACGCUAUUGGCGAAGUGGACAAGCUGAUUGAGGACAAGAAGAACGAGCAACAGAUUGUGGAUGCGCUAGAUCGCAUUUGUUACAUGCUGACCACCCCGAUCCAAAAAGAGUGUCUCAAUAUGGUUAAUGCUUAUACCGAUGAAAUUAUCAAAAUGUUUGUGGCGGAAUAUACGCCGGAGCAGGUGUGCUCAGCCUUGCAUCUUUGCAAGAAAGCCACCACGCCCACCAUUACCUUUGCCAAUGAUGUGUCCAGCUAUCAUGCCAACGCCAUCCCACCCAUGGAGGAACAAAUCGCCACAGAGACGGAUGUCCAACUUUCCGAACACGCCGGAUGUGUACUUUGCGAGUUCGCUGUGACGGUCUUGGAGAAGGAGGUACUGACGAAUCGAUCCAUUGACAUGGCUAAACGUGGUGUUCAGAUGGUGUGCUCCUAUAUGCCCGAGACCAUUGCUGAGAAGUGUGAGCAAUUCGUGGACGAGUAUGGCGAUGAAAUCGUUGAGCUUAUUGUGAACACCGAGCUGGAUCCCAAGGUCUUUUGCACGGAACUUGCCCUCUGCAGUCCAGCGCAAAAGCCUCAAGCCUUGUUUGGGGGCCAACCUUGCAUUUGGGGGCCGGCUUUUUGGUGUCAAAGUCUGGUUCACGCCCAAGCUUGUGGUACGAUUAGGCAUUGCCAGGAACUUUUUUGGAACAAGAACUAAUAUCAAAUAUCCUAACCCAUCAGAAUGACAUGAAAACUACAAAAACCCAUAAAAUCAUGAAUCAACACGAAUUUCCAUAAUAAUACAAUUCAUUGAUUGUCAGAUAAUCUCUUUCCAUACCAAGCCAUCCUUUAUAAUUACAAAUUUGAAUGCUG